GGCAAUGGAAAGUUGUCCAACAAAACCGAAAAUGACGAAAGAAUAACGUCAACACUGGCUCCCAAAAGUCGUACCUUACGAGAGAAAGAAGCCUCACGUACACGAACGCGUGAACUAGACACAGAAAUAACAGAACUGUAUGCGUCAAGACAUUUUUCCCGGCCAAGCAAUAACGAAAUUUUUACUUGAACUGUGAUUAAAGACAUUCAGUUUGSUUUAACAAAGAAAGUGUUUCCAAAAUAACAAUUGGUAUCUUGCUGAGGUGGAUGGAAAUGGGUUGUACGCAGACCAAAGCCAAGGAUUUUGAGGAGCAGUACGAAGCAAGUUAUGUUUGCUCUGGUACGCCUUAUUCUGGAAGAAGUUUUGACCGUUACAGACGUGAUUCAGAAUAUUCAAUUAGCUCCUCCUCAGGCGACACCAGCAGCGAACAACCUAGUCUAUGUUCCAACAUCGAGUUUUCAUCCAUCGAAAGCUUCUCAGUGACAAACAAAUUACCGCAACUCGAAACUGAAGGUGAAACCUCCAAUACUAAUAGUUGUAUCGAUAGUGAGUGCGAAAACCAAUCCUCCUGUUUGUUUCUGACUCGAUUUCAAGAUUCUAAAGAGACAUACCAACUGUUACAUUGGCAAAGAGUUCACAUUCUGCCAGGGACUCAAAAAACACUAAAAUCCAUUGCGCAGGAGUUAAAAGAUCUCUCCGAUUUCAGCUGGUACUGGGGACCAAUGUCGUCAAAAGAAGCAGAAGAAGAAUUAGAAGAUUUGCCGGACGGGAGCUUCCUUGUGCGAGACAGCGCGAACAGUCGCCAUCUUCUGAGCGUGAGUUUUAGAUCCAAAGGCUCUUGUUGUCACACAAGAAUUCAAUGCAGAAAUAAGAAAUUCAGCUUGGCUAACGAAGAAGGGAAAGACUCUGUCAUCGAACUUCUUCAACGAGCAAUAGCUAAGUCUAAGAAAGGGGUUUUGUUCUACUCAAGAAGAAAAACAUUAGAGGAUGUAUGGUAUCCAGUGCGCCUUUUAUAUCCUGUAUCGAGGAUAACCAAAGUUCCUUCUUUGCAGUUUCUAUGUCGCUUUGUUAUUCGUAGCAACAUUCGCUGCGACAAACUACACGAACUGCCACUUCCUAAACCGAUAAUAGAGUUCCUUCAUGGAAACUACUUUCGUGAUACGAUCUAAGAUAUAUCUAUAUACCCCUAUCUAUGUACAUACAGCUCAUAUAGUUUGUUUAAAAAAAGAGUAGUCACGCGCAUGCAUACUAAUGCAAAACAGAAUCAAGUUUAUUCUUAAGUUUUUUUGACCCGAGUAGAAAAGUGUGCUCAAAGACUUUUUGACGAGGUCAUCUUGCGCUUUAUGCCAAGGAAAGAACAGUGCAUGACAAAUUACUCUUAAAAAUAGUAACUGAAAGGGCAAAAGAUAAUGUAAAAGCGAGACGUUAUCGCAAUUUGAAAAGUUAUUUUGCGCUCGAUUCGUACGCGUUAGUGAAGAAAUUGUCGGCUUAAUAUAGGCGGUUCGCAUGUAUAGGUCCAGUGCUAAAGAGUAUUAAACUUGACCACUAA